UCAAAAGAUCUAAAAAAAACUAUUAUUAACAAUAGUAUUUUAUUUUAUCAAAUUGCUAACGAAAAUAGAGAAAGAAAGUGAAUGGAGUUUGAGCAUGUGAAUAGUGAACAUGCAUUAUAAUUUGGGACGGAAGAAGUAUAAAAUAAAUUUAUUAAAAAUAAUUUUUAUUAAUAUCUAAUAUCACUUUUAUUUAAUUUAUUUUCAAAUUUACAACCUUAAUCCAAAAUUUUUUUGACUAAGGCCAGGAGAGGAAGUAGCCGGUGAAUAUAAAUCCAUCCGGGCUGUGGCGAGACCAUUUCCACUUCUAAAUCAAAUCAAUGGCCUCAUCAUCUUCUUCAAUGAACACUCACGUUGAUUCAGAUUCAAUUGAAGGAGAACGAUCAGAAACCACCUUCCCCUUCUGGUACUCGCCGGAAACAGGGAUAUACACCAGCAAGCACCCUUCUGUUCAACUUCCGGCCGACCCUUUUCUUGACGUCGUCUCCUUCAUCUUCUCCCACCCCCACUCGCCCUCCGCGGUUUCUCUCGUCGAUUCCCAGUCUGGGUUCUCGAUUUCCUACUCGGAGUUGCACUCGCUGGUCAAAUCCGCCGCCGCCGGGCUCCACCGAAUGGGCGUCACACAGGGGGACGUCGUCUUGCUCUUGCUCCCGAACUCCGUUUACUUCCCCGUUCUUGUUCUCGGAAUUCUCAGUCUCGGAGCCGUUGUGGCCCCCAUGAAUCCCCUGAGCACUCCCUCGGAGAUAAAGAAGCAAGCUUUUCAAGGUGGUCUUAAUGUCCGGCUCGCGUUUUCCACUCCGGAAAGAAUCGAUGAUUUGGUCGGGCUCGGUAUUCCGGCGAUCGGGUUGCCGGAAAUCCCGAAUCUUGAUUCGUCGGAGAUGAGCUCUCCGGCGUGCUCUGUUUUCCGAAACUUAAUCAGCACCGAUCCCAAAACGGCCCCGGUUCCAAGAAUUAAGCAGCAAGACACGGCGGCGGUUCUGUUCUCGUCCGGGACGACCGGGGGCUGCAAGGGGGCGGUGCUGACGCACGCCAAUUUCAUAGCGACGGUGGAACUAUUCGUCCGGUUCGAAGCUUCUCAGUACGACGGCGACGCUGCUGAGAAUGUCUACCUGGACGUGAUGCCGAUGUUCCACGUGUACGGGCUCUCUCUGUUCGUGCUGGGGUUGUUCUCGCUGGGAUCGACGGUGGUGGUGAUGAGGAGGUACGACGGAGACGCGGCGGUGAGAGCCAUUGAGAGGUACGGGGUCACCCAUUUUCCGGUGGCACCGCCGUUGCUGAUCGCAUUGACGAGAAAAGCAAAGGCGGCGGCGGCGGACGGGAAGAACUCGAUGAUGAAGGGAGUGAGACAGGUAUCGUGCGGGGCUGCUCCGACCAGCGCCGCAUGCAUUCAGGACUUCGUCCAAACCUUUCCUCACAUCGACUUCAUCCAGGGUUACGGGAUGACGGAGACGGCGGCGGUCGGAACACGGGGUUAUAACGCCGGGAAAUUCCGAAAGUAUGGUUCGGUGGGACUAUUGGCCCCAAAUAUGGAAGCCAAAGUGGUUGAUUGGACUACGGGUUUACCCCAACCCCCUCAUUCCAUGGGUGAGCUUUGGCUAAGAGGUCCUUCUAUCAUGAAAGGGUACUUGAAUAAUAUUGAGGCGUCCAAGAACACAAUAGAUUCUGGAGGGUGGUUGCACACCGGAGACAUUGUUUAUUUUGACGGAGACGGAUACCUCUUUGUGCAAGACCGGUUAAAAGAGAUCAUUAAAUACAAAGGCUUCCAGAUUUCUCCUGUUGAUUUAGAAGCAGUGAUAAUGUCACAUCCCGAUAUUACUGAUGUUGCAGUAACAUCAGAGACAAAUGAUGAAGUUGGAGAGAUUCCUGUGGCAUUUGUGGUCAAAAGAAAGGGACGAUGCGCACUAUCUCAGGCGGCUCUAAUUGAUUUUGUAGCUAAGCAGAUUGCACCAUACAAAAAGGUGAGGCGAGUGUAUUUCACAACAUCAAUACCCAGGUCCGCAGCAGGAAAGAUCCUCAGAAGGGAGCUCAAGAAACUCAUCAUCACUUCCAAAAUGUAGGCAUUUAUUUGGGCUAGGGCUAGCUAGCUUGAGUAAAAGAAUUCAUACUCCCUUCUAAUGGACUAAGUAAUUUACAAUGGGGAAAUUUCCACUAAACAGUACUAAAACAAAUGCCUUUUGCUAUUGCUAAUGUAGUACCUAAAACUUUUAUUCUCUAAAUGGUACUUGAUGAAGAAUGUCUAGUGAUAGUGGACAUUUAUUUUGUACAAUGUCCAUUGUCCAGUGGCGGUAAAUAUUUAUUUAAACAAUGUGCAGUGGACAUUGAAUAUAAUAGUGGUACGAAG